GAGAGCUCUUGAGCCGGUUACAUCCUCCCCUGUACUGCUAAGGAUUACACCAAACCAUUCAGCACACACUGCUGUUUAAAGACUCACUAAUUGUGCCAAGUGCUCAAUAACCUUCCAGUUCCUCAGUCCCGCGACAGGCAGGAGGGAUGGGCUCACUGGGGGAACUCAGUUUGCUCAGUUAAACUCCUCACUCUCUGGCCAGUCGGGCUCAGGUGCGACACACGCAGUAAGGAUUGUUGAGAGGCGCAGCACCAUGGCCUUUAGGAACCGGCAAUACAGAAGACGCUGCUUGAACAGUUCACGCACCUGCCCUCUGCUGCACACCUGAACUGACCCCGCAAGGGCGGAGGGAGACUACAGGGCUUCAAACCAGAUUGGCACAGGGAGGAGAAGGGAGAAUCCCAGUACCUGACUACUCUAGUUACCAUCUGGACACAGGAUUAAUAUAGAAAACCGAACCCCUGGACUCAACACUCGUAUUGGAAUAAACAAGUUUAUCUUGGGUUUCAUUUCUCUGGCCACGUCUGCAUAUUCCUGCGCUAGUCCUACAGCUCCUGCUGGCUGGAUUGCUUUCUCUGCGCUUUAACGCAUCUCUCUCCCAGUUCUACUAUUCUCGUGUGUUAUUCUCUGAGCUUUUUUUUUUUUAGCAGGGUUGAGUUCUUAUUCCUUUGGAAUACUGCCUUCAUAGUGUGUGUGCCCUUCUGCCCCUUGUCACCCGCACACAUCCCCUCUGGAUGGAAGAUAAGGACGAGUUGUCCAGGCUCCGCGCCCUCUUCCAGACUUUUGACUCCAAACGCAGCGGGCGCCUGGACAAGGGGCAGUUUUCUGCUCUGUGUGCGGAGCUCAAGGUGAACCCCUCGGAAGCAGAGGAUAUAUUCACUCGUUUGGACGGUGACAGAGACAGCUGCAUUACCUUUGAGGAUUUUGCCAUGGGCUUCCGAGGUGCCAGAGGAUUACAUAUUCCCGAAGGGAAAAAGAACAUUGAACAAGGGGAACCCCCAAAUAGCCCAAACACCCCAGAAAAAGAGGAGAAACCCGAGGAAACAUUCAGCCCAGCUUGGGAAGACUUCCAGCGCAGACUAGGAGACGAAGCCAAUUAUAUCCCAAGACGUGAACAAGCCACUGUCCUUUACCAGAACAUCCACAUAGUGGAACCUAUGUUAAUCCAGCAAUAUGAACAUGUUAUUAGAAAUUUUGUUCGGGAGAUACGACUUCAGAGCACAGAAAUGGAAAACUUGGCCAUUGCAGUGAAAAGGGCACAGGAUAAAGCGGCAAUUCAGCUGAGUGAGUUAGAAGAGGAGAUGGAUCAACGGAUCCAGGCUGUAGAGAAGAGGGUAAAGAAAGAGGAAAAAAGGAAAGCCGAGGAAGCUCUUAAUGACCUAAAGCGCCAGCAUGAGUCUGAAGUUGCUGAACUCCAAGUCACAAUAAAGAAGCUAAAAAAGCUGGAAGAACAAUCAAAGAACAUAAAUCUGAAGGAAGAUGUGGCUGUCUUACGAAAGAGAUUGCACGACUUGACGAUGGAGAAUCAGAAGCUGAGAAAGGAUCUGCUGGAGGCUCAGACAAGUAUCUCCUUUCUACAGAGUGAGUUAGAUGCUAUGAAAAGUGAUUAUGCAGAUCAGACCCUGAGCUCUGAAAGAGAUAUGGAAAUAAUCAGGGGGUACACAGAUGAACGAGAAAACUUGGCAAGACAAAUAGAAAUAUUACAAACAGCAAAUCGAAAACUGCAUGACAGUAACGAUGGGUUGCGAAACGCCCUGGAGAACAGCUUGAUCAAGUACAAUAGAUCAAUGCGUACAGUUAACACAUCUCCUGGAAGCACAAUUUCCCGAAACAGCCUUAACAGGUGCACGUCUCCAUAUGACAGGUCUCCUCGCUCAUCAUACUUAGAUGAAGACUAUGAUUCUUUAGCUGUGUGUGAUCCCAUGCAGAGAAUGAACUGUGAAGUUGACAGCUUGCCUGAGAGCUGCAUAGACAGUGGUUUAUCCACUCUGAGAGACUCCAAUGAGUAUGAUUCAGAAGCUGAAUACCGGCCGCCAAGGAUUUUCCAAAGGUCGCGGUUUCCACAUGAAAGCUAUGGCGGGGAUGCUUCUGAUACAGAUGUUCCAGAAAUCCGAGAUGAAGAAUCCUAUGCACCCGAUACAGGUGGUACUCUUGAGUGGAAGCCAUCAAAUCCUGUUAGCAGAAGCAGCUCAGGGGCAUCAACAUCCAGAAAAUGUAUCUCUGCAUUGUCUGCAAAUGUUACCAUUACAGAAAAUGUUGACAAAGUGCAUAAAUAUCCACAUGCAGAGAAGGCAUAUAAGAUUGUUUUGGCUGGAGAUGCAGCUGUUGGAAAAUCUAGCUUUCUGAUGAGACUUUGUAAAAAUGAGUUCAGAGGAAACACAAGUGCCACGUUAGGAGUGGAUUUUCAAAUGAAGACAUUGGUUGUUGAUGGAGAGCCAACAAUUUUGCAGCUUUGGGACACAGCAGGCCAAGAAAGAUUUAGGAGCAUUGCAAAAUCCUAUUUUAGAAGAGCCGAUGGUGUUCUGCUUCUAUAUGAUGUAACGUGUGAGAAGAGCUUCCUGAAUGUGAGGGAAUGGGUAGACAUGAUUGAGGAUGCCACUAGUGAAGCCAUUCCAAUCAUGAUGGUUGGAAAUAAAGCAGAUCUCAGACAGCUAAUGGUGGAACAAGGGCAAAUAUGUGUGUCAACAAACUAUGGAGAAAAGCUAUCCAGGACAUACGGUGCUUUGUUCUGUGAAACCAGUGCCAAAGAAGGAUCAAACAUUGUUGAAGCAGUUCUUCAUCUUGCUCGAGAGGUGAGGAAGCGCUGUGACAACGAAGAUGACAGGGGUUCCGUAACCAAUCUUUCUGCCGUGACUGGCAGAAAACCAGCCCAAAUGAAAAACUGCUGUAAUGUCUAAACUUUCCCCAUUUCAACAAAUUAGCUUUCUAGUGCCAUAGACUAUCACUUACAACAGCAUUUCGAUUGUACAUAAGCAAUACCUGCCAUUUCUGCUGCUUUCGCUUAUCUUCCCCCAGCUGUGUACACUACGCUUGGGCCUGUGCAUAGUGUUUCCUGUAUACAGUACAGCUUCUGGACACACGGACAUUGCAAGCAACGGACAAUAAAUAUGCAGAGUAUUUACCAUU